GAGGCAGCCCUGCCGCAGAGCUUGACUUUGACGGUUGCACGCCGUUGGCGGUGGAACGGCUGCCAGAGUAUCGCGCGCUCCCCGCGGGCCUACAGCGGCGCAGCGCUCCUCCCGCCCCGCCCACUCGGGCGGGUGCGGGAUCCUGGGUUGAUCCAGGCCGGGUUUUGCGGCGGACUGCCCGCGUGCAGGUCUUGCAUCUAGCGCUCUUCGCAGUGGUCCGCUGCGGGAGACCAUGGAGCUGGACGAACUGUGGGCCGCGCUCUCUGGCACCUCCGGGGCUGCCUUGGUCGGCUGCUUGGUGGUGGCGGCCGUGGCUCUGCGCUGGUCCGGUCGCCGGCCGGCGCGCAGAGCGGUCGCCCGGGCACACCAGAAGCAGCACGCGGCCCUAGAGACCAUGGACAAGGCGGCGCAGCACUUCCGGCUCCAGAACCCUGACCUGGACUCGGAGGCGCUGCUGGCCCUGCCCCUGUCUCAACUGGUGCAGAAAAUACGCCAGGGGGAGCUGUCCCCCGAAGCUGUGCUCUUAACCUACGUGGGAAAGGCAUGGGAGGUGAACAAAAGAACCAACUGUGUGACCACCUACCUGGCCGACUGUGAGACUCAGCUGUCCCAGGCACCCAGACAGGGCCUGCUCUACGGUGUCCCUGUGAGCCUUAAGGAGUGCUUCAGCUACAAGGGUCAAGAUUCAACACUGGGCUUGAGCCAGAACCAAGGGAUACCAGCAGAAUGUGACAGCGUGGUGGUGCAGGUGCUGAAGCUGCAGGGUGCUGUGCCCUUCGUGCACACCAACAUCCCCCAGUCCAUGUUCAGCUAUGACUGCAGUAACCCACUCUUUGGCCAGACCGUGAACCCAUGGAAGUCCUCCAAGAGUCCAGGUGGCUCCUCAGGGGGCGAGGGGGCCCUCAUUGGGGCUGGAGGCUCCCCCCUGGGCUUAGGCUCCGACAUCGGAGGCAGCAUCCGCUUUCCCUCCGCCUUCUGUGGCAUCUGUGGCCUCAAGCCAACGGGGAACCGCCUCAGCAAGAGUGGCCUGAAGGGUUGUGUCCCUGGACAGGUGGCAGUACAGCUCUCAGUUGGCCCCAUGGCCCGGGACGUGGAGAGCUUGGCACUGUGCCUGCGAGCGCUGCUGUGUGAGGACAUGUUCCGCUUAGACCCCACUGUGCCCCCACUGCCCUUCAAUGAGGAGGUCUACACAAGCUCUCAACCCCUGCGUGUGGGGUAUUAUGAGACUGACAACUAUACCAUGCCCACCCCAGCCAUGAAGCGGGCCCUGCUGGAGACCAAGAAGAGCUUAGAGGCCACUGGCCAUACGCUGGUUCCCUUCCUGCCAUGCAACAUAUCCCAUGCUGUGGAGAUCCUGUCAGUAGGUGGGCUGUUCAGCGAUGGUGGUCACAGCCUCCUACAGAACGUCAAAGGUGAUUUCAUGGACCCCUGCUUGGGGGACCUGGUCUCAGUUUUGAAGCUGCCCUGGUGGUUUAAACGACUGCUGGCUUUCCUGCUGAAGCCUCUGCUCCCAAGGUUGGCAGCCUUUCUCACCAGCAUAAAGCCUCGGUCAGCCGGAAAGCUCUGGGAACUGCAGCAUGAAAUUGAGCUGUACCGCAACUCCGUGAUCGCCCAGUGGAGAGCACUGGACCUGGAUGUGCUGCUCACCCCCAUGCUGGGCCCUGCUUUGGACCUGAACGCCCCAGGCAGGGCCACAGGGGCUGUCAGCUACACUGUGCUCUACAACUGCCUGGACUUCCCAGCUGGGGUGGUACCUGUCACCACAGUGACUGCCGAGGACGAGGCCCAGAUGGAACAUUACAGGGGCUACUUUGGGGAUAUGUGGGACAAGGUGCUGCAGAAGGCCAUGAGGAAUAGCGUGGGGCUGCCCGUGGCUGUGCAGUGCGUGGCCCUGCCCUGGCAGGAAGAGUUGUGUCUGCGGUUCAUGCGGGAGGUGGAGCGACUGAUGACCUCUGAGAAACAGUCAUCCUGACUGCUGCCUGGCUCCGGAGGACCUAAGACCCACUUGUCAGGGCACAGCUGCCACCUGGAGAGGAAAUGUUCAGCCCAGAGCAGAGGCUUCCAUGUCCCCCUCCCCUGGCCUCCUCUAAGAACUGCAGACCCCUAGAAUCUGGACCUUACUCCCCGCUCUCCCCUCUCUGCCCUGACCCUCCAUGUGGCAGCCAGUGGGUGUGGCAUGGGCAAAGGCCCACUAACAGCCAAGAAAGUUUCCUAGUCUGUAUACUUUCUAGCUGUCCUUGGUGGGCCCAGGCUGGGAGUUGGAGACUUGACCUUCUAAAGCCCGACUUCAGCCAUGUCAGCCUCUUGCUCUGAAGCUCCCCUGGUUCCCAUCACCCACAGGAUGCAGUCCCAGCUAGGCUCUGCAGCCCCAGCUCUCCCCUCCCAGUCCCCUCACCAAGACUAGCCCCUACUUAGCUGGACGUUGCCCUUUCUCUUCCUUCCUUUGCUCUUCCCUCUGUCGGGGAUGCCCUUUCUGCCACCCUCCCAUUAAAUCUUUUGAGGCCCAGCUCAGAUCCCUCUCUCCAGAAAGCCUUCCCUCCUUCCUUUGAGCCCCCAAGUAGGUGGGCUGUUGCCUCCCAGUCUGCCCUGCGGUGACUUUGCGUCCCUUAGCACACUGGGUGUCCUUGACAGCAGGGAUGUGUUGCCACAUCUUUAUCUUCAGUGGCCAGCACAGGGCUGGGCACAGGGCAGCAGGGAGUCUGGAGUGCUGGACCUGAGCUAGGGCUGCUGGGGAGAGGAGCCCACAGGCCUGGGGAGGCAUGCCCGGUAGAGAGGCUAUCUGUUAGAGAGUGCUCAAAGGUCCAGAUUGUUCUGGCCAAGUCUAGAAGGGUCCCAGAGGCAGAGAUAGGCAAUGAAAACAUCCCAGGGAAAAGGAACCAUACUCCUUAAGACCAGGAUGAACGGUAGAUGGAGGUCUUGAAUGGACACAGGAGAAGCAGCAGACGUGUAGGUGGGGCCAGUUCAGGAACCUGGGUCCUCUCAAGGGCAAUGAGGAUCUCUUGAAGGAUCACAAAGGUACAGCAAGGAGAGUAGACUAGAGGCAUAGAGCCUAGAGAGGGAUAAAGGGGCUGCUCCAUAAUCCUAAUCUAGGGAAGGGGGCCUGAGACGUGAGCUAAGGCAGUGGCCCAUGGGUAGGGAGAGGGAGGUUUGGGGGCUGACAGUUGGAAUGGAAGUGAGCUGCUCAGUUCAGAGUCCCACCUCUACCCUCUUGAGUCUGCCAGCUCACCUCUUACUGGGUUGUGUUGCCUGGCGCAGGGAAGGGUGGCUAGUCUGUGGCAGGCUCUAAGGCUUCUUGGCUCUGCUUAGCUGAGCCCCGAGCUCCCACCCUGGCCCCAGUCCCAACCCCUUUGCUUGCUGUGCAGCAUAUUCCUGAGCCGGAGCCCUUGGCCAGGGCAGGACCAUGGCUUCACUGGGCCUACUCAGGUUCUUUCCAGGGAAAGCUGCCUUCCCUAGGCUUUUCUCCACCCUCACGUACAUGUCUUCCUCAGAGGCUUUCUCUAGGUUGGGUGCCGCACAGAACCUGUGCUUUCCACUGAUGGUGUCCCUGCCUUGGUGGAGUCAGUCUCAGGGCAGACAUGAGGCCACACACCUCAUGGCUGGCUACAGGGCCCAACCCACAGGAACACCUACACUGGGGUUACCAGGUAGUUACUGGACAUUGCCCCAAUUCUUGGUAACUGUGGUGUUAUUUUGCCCCUUACUGUUCCAUAAACCACCUGUUAUCUGCCCCAGCCACCGGCUCCCCCUCCAUUUCUCCUGUUGGUUACAGAUACCCUUGUGCUUCGAGACUUGGGGCUGCAGAGUGAGGGCACACUCCUUCAUUCCUUCCCUGGCUCACUGACUAGCCCUUGGGGCCCCAGCCUGGCCACACCCAGCGCUGUGCUGAGCAGUGCCAGAGCCCAGCCAAGCCUGGCCCCCAUCCUGAGGCUCCUGGGCUUGAUGGGGUGGUGGACCCUGACACACACAUCUGCUGCCCAGGUGUGUAGGCACAGGACCCAGGUGCUGCUGAGGCAGGAGCGGGCAGCAGGCACUGCAGCAAGUGAGUGUCCGCUGCAUUCCAUCACCACCACACUCCAGGCCAAGCACCUGCCUUGCAUCUGGACACCGCAGGAACCUCCCUGGGCCCCCUGCUUCCACCCUCACCUGUCCUCUGGUCCAUUUUCUAUACAGUAGCCAGAGUGAUUCUUUAAACCAGUCACUUCUCUCCUAAGACCUUCCAAUGGCUUCCCAUCCCAUCAAAAAUAAAACGCAGUCUCCUUGUGGCUUA